AUGGCACCUAGUAAGCAGUGGAUGCAACUUGUUGAUAAUCGUCUCGAUGAAAUCUAUUUGAUCGGCGUGCAAAAGUUUUUGAAUUAUGCUUUUCAAAAAAAUGGAGAAGAAGAUGAAAUACGAUGUCCAUGUGUCAAAUGUUACAAUACAACUUUAGGAACUCGUAAAACAGUUGAGACACAUUUGCUAGUACAUGGAAUAAUUCGCAAUUAUACUUUUUGGUAUCACCAUGGAGAACGUUUGGGUGAGCUAUUAUCAGAAUCAGAACAUGAAGAUGAAGAUGAAGAUGCUAUAGAAGAAUGUGAGAGUGAAGAUGAAGUAGAAGAACUAUUGAGAGAUUUAUAUCCUAAUCUUGAUGGAGGAACUACACAUACUGGUUGUGAUGACUUUCUCGAAGAGGAACCAAAUGUUGAAGCAAGAAAGUUUUACAGCCUAUUAAAGGAUUUUGAGUGUCCAUUAUACAAAAAUUCAAAAGCUUCAAAGCUUUCCACUUUGAUCAAAUUGCUUCAUAUAAAGAGUAUGGGUCAUUGGAGUAAUGCAUCAUUUACAAUGCUAUUGAAAAUGUUGAAAGAGGAGUUAUUGCCUGAUGGUGCCAAUUUGCCAAAUUCAUAUUAUGAGGCAAAGAAGAUAAUUCAAGAACUUGGUCUUUCAUACAACAAGAUCGAUGCUUGUACUAAUGAUUGCAUGUUAUACUGGAAGGAUGAUAGCUUACUUGAUUCUUGCAAGGUUUGUGGUGCGACGAGAUGGAAAAUAAAUACACAUAGUGGGGAAACAAGGAAUAAAAAAGGUAAAAAGAUAGCAUCAAAGAGUUUACGAUAUUUUCCCUUAAAGCCUAGACUUCAGAGAUUGUUUAUGUCUACCAAGACAUCUACUCUGAUGACAUGGCAUAAGGAUAAAAGAGUGGAUGAUGGAAUAAUGAGGCACCCGGCUGAUUCAAUGGCAUGGAAGUCAUUUGAUGAACUUCAUCCUUCAUUUGCGGUUGAGCCUCGAAAUGUUCGACUUGGACUUGCUAGUGAUGGAUUUCAACCAUUCCGGAAUUCAAAAACCUCACAUAGCAUUUGGCCUGUAGUUCUUAUCCCUUAUAAUUUACCACCUUGGUUGUGUAUGAAGCAAGAAAAUUUUAUUUUGUCAAUGCUUAUUCCGGGUCCAAGUGGUCCAGGAGAUGCAAUUGAUACAUAUCUUCAGCCUUUAAUAGAGGAAUUGAAGGAGUUGUGGGAAGUUGGUAUUGAGACCUAUGAUGCAUCAACUAAGCAAAAUUUUAAGUUGCAUGCUUCUUUAUUAUGGACCAUCAAUGACUUUCCAGCAUAUGGAAAUUUAUCGGGAUGGAGUACGAAAAGAAAAUUGGCAUGCCCAUGUUGCAAUAAAGACACUUCCUCAAUUCGAUUAACUAAGGGUAAGAAACAGUGUUUUAUGGGUCAUCGGCGUUAUCUUUCUCAAAAUCACAAAUGGCGAAGUGAGAAGGGGUCAUUUGAUGGUACAGUGGAGAAAAGGCCUCCACCAAAAGUGCGUUCCGGUAUUGAGAUAUUUAAUCAAGUGCAAGAUCUUGAAGGGUUACAAUUAUCAAAAGAUCCUAAGAUAAGAAAGAACAUAUCACAUGAAAAUCGAAUGGAUAAUUGGAACAAGAAAAGUAUCUUUUUUGAACUUCCAUAUUGGAAGUGUCUCUUGUUGCAACAUAAUUUGGAUGUUAUGCAUAUUGAAAAAAAUAUAUGUGAUAAUAUCAUGGGGACAAUUAUGAAUGUCAAAAGAAAGACCAAGGACACAAUUAACACUCGAUUAGACUUACAAGAGAUGAACAUUAGGCCAGAAUUGCACCCCAUCCAAAAGGGGGAGAAAAUAGAAGUUCCAAAAGCAUGCUACACAUUGUCUCCAGAAGAUAAGCACAAAUUGUGCCUUUUCUUAAAAAAUCUAAAGGUUCCUGAUGGGUUUUCAUCUAAUAUUUCUCAAUGUGUGAACCUGAAAGAUCACAAGAUAUCUGGAUUGAAAAGUCAUGAUUGUCAUGUUCUCUUGCAACAUCUACUCCCUCUUGCACUUCGUGGUAUGUUGUCCAAAGAAGUGUGUGAACCUCUCAUUGAAUUGUCUAUAUUUUUUAGUGUGCUUGGAUCGAAAGAGUUGAGAAUUGAAAACUUGGAGCAUAUUGAAGCACAAAUACCCAUAACACUUUGCAAGUUGGAAAAGGUCUUCCCUCCUUCUUUUUUUGACGUCAUGGUGCACUUACCUGUUCAUUUAGCUACUGAAGCUAAGAUUGCUGGACCGAUUCAAUAUCGGUGGAUGUAUCCCGUGGAGCGAUGGCUAUAUUUUUUGAAAUCUCUCAUUGGUAAUAGGGCAUGUCCAGAAGGUUGUAUUGCAGAGGGCUACAUUGCAAAUGAAUGUAUGACUUUAUGUUCAAGGUAUUUGCAUAAGGUUGACACAAGAUUCAAUCGUCCUGAACGAAAUUAUGAUGGUGGUUUAAAACAAUCGAAUGGUGGUUUAUCUAUUUUUAGUCAACCUGGAAAAACUCUAGGAGCUAAAAAUCCAUGUGAGCUUGAAGCAGAUGAACUAGAACAAGCACAUAUAUACAUAUUGAAGAACUGCGAUGAAGUCUUACCAUAUCUCAAAGAGUUUGCACAAAGUCAUGAGAAUGCUCGACACUUGUCUGAUGCAGAAUGGAGCCGACAAUUUAUUGCAUGGUUUAAAGAUAGGGUCGCACAAUUGCACAAACAAGAUGAUAGUCAGAUCAUGGAAGAUCUACUCUCACUUUCACGUGGUCCCACCAAAUAUUCAACGCAUUCUAAUGGUUAUGUCGUUAAUGGAUAUAGGUUUCAUGUAGAAGAUUAUGAUAACAAGUUAAGGACUCAAAAUUGUGGUGUUGUUGUAUUGGGUGAGAAUGAUGAAGAUAGUGAGAACCUUGAUUACUAUGGAGUUUUAAGAGAUGUGAUUGAGUUGCAAUUUGUCAUGGAUAGAAGAGUGAUUUUAUUCCGAUGUAAUUGGUUCGAUGUGUAUGAUGAAAUAAAAGGAGUUACAAAGGAUGAGUAUGAUUUUGUGAGUGUUAAUCCAAGUAGAUUUUUGAAAACAAAUGAGCCAUUUAUUUUAGCGAAUCAAGCAUCUCAAGUGUUUUAUGCUAAUGAUAAUUCCAAUAAAGGUUGGCAAGUAGUGAGAAAGACUCAACCUCGUGAUUCCUUUGAGAUUGUGGAACAAAUGGAUGAUGAUAUUGUAGAGUUAGGAAGUCCUUCCCAAAAGAAAAGAAAAAGAACUAAUGAGGUUCAAGAUGAAAUCAUUAAAGACUGA